ACUGUCUGACAGAAAAUGUCUCAACAAGGAGUUCAACUCGACUUAGGAAGAUUCAAAUGUUCCAUCUGUCUGGAUCUUCUGAAGGAUCCGGUGACUAUUCCUUGUGGACACAGCUACUGCAUGAAGUGUAUUCAAGGAUUCUGGGAGGAAAAAGAGAAGUACAUCUACAGCUGCCCUUAUUGUAGGAAGACCUUUGCACCAAGGCCUGUUCUGGAGAAAACCAUCGUGUUAGAAAAUUUGUUGGAAAUGCUGAAGAUUAAUCACUGCUAUGCUGGACCUGAAGAUGUGGUCUGUGAUGUCUGCACUGGAAGAAAACUGAAAGCCAUCAAGUCCUGUUUGAUCUGUCUAGCCUCUUACUGUGAGAAACACCUUCAGCCUCAUUUGGAUGCAGCUGCAUUCAAGACACACAAGCUGGUGGAACCCUCCAAGAACCUGCAGGAGAACAUCUGCUUCUGUCAUGAUGAGGUGAUGAAGAUGUUCUGUCGCACUGAUCAGAAGAGUUUCUGUUAUCUCUGCUCUGUGGAAGAACAUAAAGGCCACGACACAGUCUCAGCUGCAGCAGAAAGGACUGAGAGGCAGAGAGAGCUGGAGGAGAGUCAACAACAAAUCCAGCAGAGAAUCCAGGACAGAGAGAAGGAGGUGAAGCUGCUUCAACAGGAGGUGGAGGCCAUCAAUCACUCUGCUGAUCAAACAGUGAAGGACAGUGAGAAGAUCUUCACUGAGAUGAUCCGUCUCAUCCAGAAAAGAAGCUGUGAUGUGAAGCAGCAGAUCAGAUCCCAGCAGCAAACUGAAGUGAGUCGAGUCAAAGAUCUUCAGGAGGAGCUGGAGCAGGAGAUCACUGAGCUGAAGAGGAGAGACGCUGAGCUGAAGCAGCUCUCACUCACAGAGGAUCACAGCCAGUUUCUGCUAAACUACCCCUCACUGCCACCACUCAGUGAGUCCACACACUCAUCCAGCAUCAAUGUCCGUCCUCUGAGAUACUUUGAGGAUGUGACAGCAGCUGUGUCAGAGCUCAGAGACAAACUGCAGGACAUUCUGAGAGAGGAAUGGACAAACAUCUCACUGACAGUCACUCAUGUGGAUGUUUUACUGCCAGAACCAGAACCAAAGAGCAGAGCUGACUUCUUCAAAUAUUCACUUCAAAUCACACUGGAUCCAAACACAGCACACAGACGACUGUUACUGUCAGAGGAAAACAGAAAGAUGACAGUAAUGGAAAAACUUCAGUCUCAUUCUGAUAGAUUUACUGAUUAUGGAGAAGCUCUGGGUAAAGAGAGACUGACUGGACGUUGUUACUGGGAGGUGGAGUGGAAAGGUUAUUUUGUUUAUGUAGCAGUCGCAUACAAGAACAUCAGCAGAUCUGGAGAUGAAAGUGGAUUUGGUUUCAAUGACAAAUCCUGGGCAUUGUAUUGUUCCCAAGACAAUUUCUUUUUUUUCCACAACAGCAUCCAAACCUCCAUCUCAGCUCCUGGUUCCUCCAGAGUAGGAGUGUACCUGGAUCACAGAGCAGGUGUUCUGUCCUUCUACAGCGUCUCUGAAAGCAUGACUCUCCUCCACAGAGUCCAGACCAUAUUCACUCAGCCGCUACAUGCUGGACUCUUAAUUGAUCAUGUUGGAGAAACUGCAGAGUUUUGUAAACUUUGAUGAACUAUUAAUAAUCAGUGGAGAAGUGUUAUCUAUAGAAUCUAUAGAGUCUCAAAAAAGGGAUGCACCCUUACCAGAAGAAGAUGGAAAUGGGGAUUGCUAACUUGUAUAAUGGUAAAUUAAUGGAGUUCAAUUGUUUUUUUUUAGUGGUUUGAUCAUCCAUAUAAACCUCUUGAUGUUCUGGUCAGUUUGGGUUCUACUUUAUUUAAUAAUUGCUGUCAAGUGUUGACAGGUGAGCUGUGUUUAUUUGACUGCUUGUAUGAAUGAAAUUCUUGUAAUUUUCUUAAAUUUCCUUCAUUUAGCUAUUUUUGGUAACUACAACCCUGUAUCCUUUAAAACUGGGCAUUAUGGGAAUGCAUUAUGGGAUAUAUACGAAGCAUGUAGCAUUCAGAUGUAAAGCCACUGCCAACAGGUAUGUUAAUAAAAAGUUACCAUAACA